AUAUUUUUUAUCAAUUUACAGACGAUUGUUGAUGUUCUUCGUCAGGCUGCAAAAACUUGUGUUGUCAAAAGAGAGUUUAGAAAAGCAGAAUUCCUAAUCAAACAAGCAUUACAUACAGCCAGGAUAAAUUUUGACCCAAAGCAUCCUAAGUUUGGGGACACUCUGCUAGACUAUGGUUUCUACUUGCUAAAUGUGGACUCUAUUAAUAAGUCGGUCAUAGUGUACCAGAAAGCACUGGAUGUAUGGCAAACAGCUUUUGGUGGCUAUAACUUACAUGUGGCCAUAGUACAUGAAGACCUGGCGUAUGCUUCGUACGUGCAUGAAUAUAGUUCAGGGAAUUUCAAAGUUGCAAGAGACCAUGCGGAAAAAGCCAUGGAUAUUAUGCACCAUCUGUUACCUCAAGAUCAUCUUCUUUUGGCAUCUUCAAAAAGAGUGAAAGCUUUGAUACUUGAAGAGAUAGCUAUUGAUAACCAAGACAAAGCUAUAGAACACAAGCUUCUUCUGGAAGCCCAGGAAUUGCAUCUCUCUGCUCUCCGCCUCGCCCAGCAAGCAUUUGGAGAAAUGAAUGUACAAACAGCAAAGCAUUAUGGGAAUUUAGGAAGAUUGUAUCAAUCUAUGAAAAAGUUUAAUGAUGCUGAAGAAAUGCAUCUAAAAGCUAUCCACAUAAAGAAAGAAUUGUUGGGCCCUGACGACUAUGAGGUUGCCCUUUCUGUCGGCCACCUGGCUUCCCUGUAUAAUUACGACAUGGAACUCUUUGAAAGAGCUGAAGAGCUGUACUUACGAUCAAUAGAAAUAGGGGUAAAACUGUUUGGAGAAGGAUACAGUGGAUUGGAAUAUGACUACCGUGGUUUGUUACGGGUUUACACCUUUCUCGGUGAGCCUCAGAAGUACAUGAACUACCAGCAGAUUUUACAGAGGUGGAACGAGAUACGUAAUCGAAGCACGGAGAGGGAGAAGCACCAGUGUCCAUUGUCACUCCAGAUGGAGUUAGUUCCUCCAGAAAACCUGUUUCCGAUGCUCCACAGUUUAGAGUGAUGGAGUCGGUUUGCUUUGUAAAGAUAUAGUCUUGAAUGCAAAAAGCAUUUUUUUUAUCACUCACAGCUUUGGAAAUGUUUUACAAGGUGUUCAACAUUGAGCAGGGAUAAUUUAAUUUUGCACUCUGAUGAUGAUAAGUUUGGAAAUACUAUGCAUUUAUUGAAUUUCUUACAAAUAUGGUGUCACCAGUACACACACAAAAUCUGAGCAGUAGUGGAUUACUGAUUUGGUACUGCUUAUCAGUUCCUUAUAAUAUCACUAGUAAACAUAGAAGCUGAACAGUAGUAGAUUACUGAUUUGGUACUGCUUAUCAGUUCCUUAUAAUAUCACUAGUA